AUAUCCUAUUUUUUUUACAUGCACAGAAUGAAGAGAUUGAUAUUGAUAAAAGGGUACCUCCUAUGGAUGAAUUAUACGAGAGAUUGAAGGUUGUGACGGCCAUCUCUGAGAACCAUUUUGAAGAGGUUAAACCAUGGAUUGGUAGUAUUCAAAAGUUCAUGCCAGGUCAAGAAAUCAUCCUUUACAACUUGGGAUUAAAUAAGACAUCUUUAGAGAAGGCCAACACUUUUUGCGAUGUUCAGAUUACUCUACGGGAGUUUGGUGCCAUUUUCUGGGGAGAUGCGUCUAUCCGCGUGAAAGGCUCCUUGCGUAAGCUUCUACCAGUCUCGAUGAAACACCAUGGAUUCAUGAGUCACAUGCAUGCGUUUGAUCCUCAGAAGCAGGAAGAGAUUAAGCACCAGUACUUCUUCACGCUUCCUCAACUGUACCAGAAUCUGGGUGUGAAUAGAACCGAGUACUACAAUUCAGGUGGCAUGGCGCCACACGCUUCUGCAAACCGUCAACUGUACGUUAACAGUUCAUACAUCCAAAAUGCUAUCGUCCAACCGAUGCUGAAAUGUGCCCUCGAAUUUCGCUGCAUCUCGCCGGUUGGAGCGAAGAAGGGGAACCACCGUUUCGAUGCGUCCAUCCUCGCUAUUUUGAUUUAUAAGAAUAUGAAAGGAGAAUGGAAUAGGACGCAUAAUGACAAUCUAGUCUUUGAUGACGUGGUAUAUCUUAGAAAGAAUACAAUCGGAAACAGGAAAGUUAAAACGUGCUUAUGGUGAGGUAUAAAAAAUGUUCGUUCUGCCUUCAUAAGUUAAUAUUCUUUAUUCGGCAUUUUAAACAACAAACAAAACCAGUUGCCUGGAAUAAAACAAGAAAUGUAAUCUUCCUGUAAUCCGCAAGCCAUUCCUUCCGACUCCAGGGGCCCCUAACACAGAACAUUUUUCUACGAUUGCUUACAUUGGCUACAAUGUACAAUCAAUCGUAGAAAUCAAGCGUACGAUUAAUCGCUCGGCUUUGUGUUAUUUGACCCAGGUAAGGCAGUGAGGGAUGUCUCUUACAAACAAAUACAUAUUAUAUACAAACAAUAGAAAAAUAACAUAAAAUCAGCAAACUCUAAAUUCAAAGUCAAUGAACAGCAAAAUAAAUAUACAUCCAUAUGUUAUUGAUGUAUAGAUGUCAACAGUAAAGCAAAUGAGA